UUUUUAGCGUAUCGGUGAAACUUCGGCUCUAUCAAAAAAAGUUGAUUGCGAUAAAGAAAAAAAGUUCGAGAUAGCUUCAUGAAAACAAACACUUGAUAUCCUACCAAUUUUCAUGAUUGAACGAAAUGGAAGUUGCUCAGAAUGGCAAUAUGCCUGAUAUAGCUAUGGAAGUUGAUCAACAAGCAAACUUGCCAGAAGAAAUUCUCGAAAUCGUUAAACUUCAACAAUCCCCUCACUUCCUCGAAACUCUCGCAAUAUCUGCGCUGAAGCCCAAACAAACUCUCAAAUUAUUCACAUAUUUUAAUACCUUAAUCGCGGACUCAGCUGCAAGAUGGGUCAGCAAAUCGCAUCGUGGUGUUCAAAAAAUCGAAGUAAUUGCAGCAUUUUCACGAAUACUAUAUCUUGCGCCACACCUUACUGCCUUUCUCGAAAAAUACCUUUUUGAAACUACACAUUCCGCAGAGUAUGGGAAUUCUCGUAGUAUACUUUGCUUGGAAGAUAGUACAAGUGUGGUGGAUAAUGGAAUGUCAGAUUUGGAGCUGCAGCGCAUUUUGUUGGCGACAUGGAGACUUCUGAAUUUCGACAAACAAGCCUACUCCGGAACAAUUUCAGGCUCCACGAUACAAAGUCUGCUGGGGCAUAAGGAUAUAGCGGUACGAUACCUUGCAGUGCGGAUCUUCUGCCAGCUUCAGUUCGCGUCGGACGAUCGACUGGACGCAAUGGUCGCGAAAAAUGUUGGAAAUACAAGGGCAGUAAUGGGAGAUUUCGACGGCGAAAUAGUGGACUAUGGAUUUCUUAGUAUAUUCGAAGAAAAGCGGCUGAAAAAUGCUGCUUCGGAACUAAGGACUUGGGCAGGAAUGACCCAAGCCCAAAAGCAACCCCAGGAAUUUUCACCACUUGUGGUACAAUAUUCAGAUGUGUUGCUACCUCGUCCUAACGGUCAUCCUUCUCAGUCGUCCAAGCUCAUACCGACAAUCACAACUUCGCAGAAUAGGGAGUCUUUUGCCAAGGCUCUUAUGUCUUCAGCACCAAUCUUACUCCACGGAUUAGCAGGUGCAGGAAAGACUUCUCUGGUCAAUGACUUCGCGCGUGAACUUGGGAUGGAUUCAAGCAUGGUCACACUUCAUUUAAACGAGCAGACUGAUGCAAAAAUGCUUAUUGGAAUGUACGCUACAGGAUCUACACCCGGAUCUUUCACCUGGAGAGCAGGCGUUCUGACCACUGCUGUUAAGGAAGGACGCUGGGUGUUUAUCGAGGAUCUCGAUCGAGCUCCAAAUGAAGUUAUUAGCGUUAUACUGCCCCUCGUGGAGCGUGGCGAGCUUCUCAUUCCUAGUCGCGGCGAAACCAUAAAGGCCAAGGCAGGGUUUAAGCUACUUGCGAGCAUUCGAACGUCGCUCAAUGUAGGCGGGGGUGAAAUUCCACCAGCAUUACACAUGCUUGGAGCACGCAUGUGGCAGCGUGUACCUAUUCUCAUGCCAACUCAAGACGAGUUCCGUGAAAUCAUCAAAGACACCUACCCAGUCCUACGUCAAUUUUUACCCGGAAUUAUUAGCGUCUACGAACGACUCUACAAUCUUUCAGUACAACCUUCAUUUGCAUCCAAAAGUCGUACGUCGUCAGGACGUCCGAUAAGCCCUCGAGAUCUUUUGAAAUGGUGCCGAAGAUUGGCGAGUGUUCUUACAUCAUCAGGUUCUAAGACUGGCAGUGAGCCUAUUAGCGACACCACGAAGUAUGAAAUGUUUUUAGAAGCGGCCGAUUGUUUUGCAGGAAGUCUACAGACUCAGGAUGCCCGAAGGUCGUUGAUUUCUUGCAUUGCUGAGGAGAUGCAUAUCGAUCCCCAGACGAUGGAACAUUUUCUAGAUGCUCAUAUCCCACGUUAUGAAGACGGUGAAAUUGAUCUUUUGAUAGGUAGGGUAAGAUUACCCAAGAAAAGAACUAGCCGUGUUACCAAGCCUACUAAAAAGAGUCGUCCCUUUGCAAACACAACUCAUGCUAAGAGAUUGCUCGAACAAGUUGGAGUAGCAGUCCGAAUGUCUGAGCCAGUCUUGUUAGUGGGAGAGACUGGUAUUGGCAAAACUACUGUUGUACAACAGCUCGCGGAUUCACUGGGAUUCAAGCUCACAGCUGUUAAUUUGUCCCAACAAAGUGAAGUCGGUGAUUUGCUCGGAGGCUUCAAGCCAGUGAAUGUCAGAAGUCUUGCAAUUCCAUUGAAAGAUGAAUUUGAUGAUCUUUUUACAUCAACAGGAAUCUCCGCCACCAAGAAUCAAAAAUAUAUUGAUCAACUUGCGAAGUGUGUUGCAAAGAGCCAGUGGAGUAAGGCAUCGAAAUUGUGGCGUGAAGCUCCCAAAAUGUUCGAGAAGAUCAUUUCAGAACUUGCCAAAAAAGAAGAGGCAAACAUGCGCACAAAUUUAGAGCAACCCACGAAGAGACGAAAAACGGAAUCGAAAUUACAGUCAUUACUGAAAUUGAAGUCUCGUUGGUUAAGGUUCUCGCAAAGCUUGGAUCAAUUCGACAUUCAGUUAUCCGCUGGUUCUAAAGGCUUUGCUUUCUCAUUUGUUGAAGGUAAUAUUAUCAAAGCAGCUCGCAAUGGAGAAUGGGUGCUCCUAGAUGAAAUCAACUUAGCAUCACCGGAUACACUUGAGAGCAUAGCAGAUCUCCUUCAUGGUGGUACUGGUUCUCCCUCGAUACUUCUUUCUGAGACCGGUGAAAUUGAGAGAAUCCAAGCACAUCCGGACUUUCGCAUUUUUGGUGCCAUGAAUCCGGCGACAGAUGUUGGAAAACGUGAUCUUCCCAUGGGGUUGCGUUCGAGGUUCACUGAGCUCUACGUGGAUAGCCCAGACAAGAACUUAGACGACCUUUUAGCUGUUAUAAAGGCAUAUCUCAAAGGUACAAGUAGCAAUGACGAUAGGGCUGCCCACGAUGUAGCACGUCUCUACAUGAACACAAAACGGCUCGCCGAAGAGAAGCGAUUGGUCGACGGCGCAAAUGAAGUACCGCACUUUAGCUUGCGCACGUUGACUCGCGUUCUGUCUUACGUCACGGAAAUUUCUCCAUCUUAUGGCUUGCGCAGAGCGUUGUAUGAAGGUUUUGCUAUGGGAUUCUUGACUCUUUUGGAUCGAGAAUCUGAAAAAAUGCUCAUUCCUUUGAUUGAGCAUCACCUACUGGAUAGCCAUGGCAACCCUCAAGCUCUAUUGGCUCAAACACCAAAACACCCAGACGAUGGAAAACAGUAUGUGCGAUUUAUGAACAAGAAACGAGAUCGUCAAUAUUGGAUGCUUCAAGGCUAUGAGAUUCCUCAAGAGCAACCUCACUACAUUAUUACGCCAUUUGUCGAGCGCAACAUGCUCAAUUUGGUCCGUGCAACUUCAACUCGUCGCUUUCCUGUCCUGAUUCAAGGUCCGACUUCCUCCGGAAAGACCAGUAUGAUUGAAUAUCUCGCUAAAUUUAGUGGUAACAAGUUUGUGCGUAUUAAUAACCACGAACAUACUGAUCUACAAGAGUACUUGGGCACAUAUGUCUCUGACUCGGAUGGAAAGCUGCGCUUCCAAGAAGGUUUGCUUGUCCAAGCUCUCCGUCAAGGACACUGGAUUGUUCUCGAUGAACUCAAUUUAGCUCCAACCGAUGUUUUAGAAGCCCUUAAUCGUCUGUUAGAUGAUAACCGUGAACUUCUCAUCCCGGAAACGCAGGAGAUUGUUCGUCCACAUGAGAACUUCAUGCUCUUCGCAACACAGAAUCCUCCCGGACUUUAUGGUGGCCGUAAAACCUUAUCACGAGCGUUCCGUAAUCGUUUCCUUGAAUUACAUUUCGAUGACAUUCCGGAAGAGGAACUUGAUUUCAUUCUCGAGAAACGAAGUCAAAAGGUUGCGCCAUCAGACUGUCGAAGAAUUGUCGCAGUGUACAAGGAGCUUUCACGCCUUCGACAGUCGACACGUCUUUUUGAGCAGAAGGACAGUUUUGCUACCCUCCGUGAUCUUUUCCGUUGGGCGUUGCGAGAUGCCGAAAAUAGGGAGCAGCUUGCUGCUAACGGUUAUAUGCUUUUGGCCGAACGUGUUCGCAACUCAGAAGAGAGGGCAGCAGUCAAGGAGAUCAUAGAGACGGUUAUGAAGGUCAAAAUUGAUAUCGACGACCUUUACAGCAACGGUCUUGCAGAGAUCAGAGCCUACAAUGCAACCACUAACUCGCAAGGUGUGGUUUGGACCCAAGCGAUGCGCAGACUUUACGUCUUAGUCGCCCAUGCUCUACGCAAUAAUGAGCCAGUGCUACUUGUGGGUGAAACAGGAUGUGGUAAGACUACAGUAUGUCAGAUGCUAGCUGAAGCUUUUGGGAAAACUCUUCAUAUUGUAAACGCCCACCAGAAUACCGAAACAGGGGAUUUGAUCGGAGCUCAAAGGCCGGUAAGAAACAGAGCCGCUGUCUUGGAGCAGCUUAAAGAAGAUCUUAAGCAGUUACUGAAUGGGAUUGGUGAAGAACAAAAAGAUUCUGAGGAUCUCGAUUCUUUGUGGGCCGCAUACAAAUCUUUGCCGGAAGCAACUAUUUCUCAGAUACCAACUGAGCUGUCAUCGCGGAUUCAAUUCAAUCAAAUCAAGGCCAAGGCACUUUUUGAGUGGUCUGAUGGAAGUCUUGUGCAGGCAUUGAAAGAAGGGCAAUUUUUCUUGCUUGACGAAAUAUCACUCGCAGAUGAUUCGGUCUUGGAAAGACUAAAUUCUGUGCUGGAGUCCCAUCGAACAAUUUUGCUUGCAGAGAAGGGUGUGGAGAACUCUUUUGUGCAGGCUGCUGAAGGGUUCCAGUUUUUCGCCACAAUGAAUCCUGGAGGUGAUUAUGGUAAAAGAGAAUUGUCACCUGCUCUUCGAAACAGAUUUACGGAGAUUUGGGUUCCAGCCCUAUCAGACCAUGCGGAUGUCAUACAGAUUGUGGGAGCCAAGCUGAAGCCGGAUUUGAAACAAUUCUCUGAGCCUAUAGUCAAAUUUGCGGAAUGGUUUGGACAAACAUACAGGUCUACAUCCUCGACUUCGAUAUCAGUUCGUGACAUUUUGGCAUGGAUCAAAUUCAUGAAUGGAUGCCCGACUACCGAUCCCUAUUAUGCUGUUCUGCAUGGUGCGGCUAUGGUAUACAUUGAUACCCUUGGUGCAAAUCCGGCUGCUCUCUUGGCAAUUAAUCCAGAAACAAUUCAAGAGGAACGCGCGAAAUGUCUCCAGGAAUUGGGCGAAUUGCUCAAUCAUGAUGUCAGUACCAUAUACUUCAUGCCAAUACAGAUUCAGGACCAGGAUAAUCAUAUUACUAUGGGUGGCUUUUCUGUUCCAAAACAGGCUGGCUCAGAUAGUGACCCAGGUUUUGCAUUCGAUGCUCCGACGACGAAACUUAACGGCAUGCGGGUGCUUCGCGCCCUCCAAGUUCAAAAGCCGAUACUCAUCGAAGGUAGCCCUGGUGUUGGUAAAACGACUUUGAUUGCUGCCUUAGCACGUGCAUGCAACAGACCCUUGACUCGUAUCAAUUUAUCCGAGCAAACUGACCUUAUGGACUUGUUUGGAUCAGACGUGCCUGUUGAAGGUGCUGAAGCUGGACACUUCGCAUGGCGCGAUGCUCCAUUUCUUCAAGCAAUGCAACGAGGAGAAUGGGUACUUCUUGAUGAAAUGAAUCUUGCAUCUCAGUCGGUUCUUGAGGGUUUGAACGCUUGUCUUGAUCAUCGUGGGGAGGUUUACAUUUCAGAAUUGGACCAAACAUUCAAACGACAUCCCAACUUUUCUGUUUUUGCGGCUCAAAAUCCUCAUCACCAGGGUGGUGGUAGAAAGGGUCUCCCCAGUUCUUUUGUCAAUCGAUUUACUGUUGUCUAUGCUGAUGUAUUUAGAAAUGAUGAUAUGAAACUAAUCUGCAAGCAUAACUUCCCUUCCAUGCCACAAGAAUUAAUCACGACCAUUAUUGACUUCGUCACACGACUAGAAGACGAAAUCGUACACAAGCGGAAAUUCGGCUUGCAAGGCGGCCCUUGGGAAUUCAAUUUGCGAGAUAUCCUUCGAUGGUUGCACCUGUUGACGUCAUCAGCUCCGUUUCUCACUAACAGAGGCCCAGCCGAUUUCCUCAAUCUAAUAUUCCGACAGCGUUUCAGGACUAUUAAGGACCGAGAAGAACUGGAUGGUAUUUUUGCGCAAGCAUUUGGUUUUGCUGUACCAUUUCGUCAAUUUUUCCAUAACAUGAGCUCAACUACCUACCAGGUAGGAAUAGCAUAUAUGCCAAGGCAUACACUCUACCAACGCAUUCCAUUUCCAAAAGUCGACCCUGUUAACCAACUUCCGGAAUUGGAAUCAGUAAUUAUGUGUAUCCAGCAAAAUCUACCUUGUAUCCUAGUGGGAUCAUCGGGCUCUGGGAAGUCUACAAUUCUUGAGCAUGUUGCAGCAGCUAGUGGCAAAUCUCUGACCGUAUUUCCCUUGAACGCAGACAUUGACACUAUGGACCUCGUAGGUGGCUUUGAGCAGGUGGAUCCACAAAGAGCCGCCAGCAGAUUUCUUCGAGAGCUCCUUGAGUUCAUGGAAAGUCGUAUAUUAGGUACACUUCCUGAAUGUAUUCCGGAUGACGCAAUCAAAGUUCUCGAUAUUCUGAGAAAGGAUACUAUGAAUUCCUCUUUUUCAUUCCAAGAGGUUUCCCGCCACCUUCGACAGCUGGAAAAGACAAGCUCAUUACCAGAAUUUGGGACAUUGGCGGGGACUUGCGAAACUUUCGCAAGCCGCCCUAUGGCCGUCGAAAAUGCUAGGUUUGAAUGGGUAGAUGGUGUCUUAAUCAAGGCACUGGAACAAGGAAAAUGGUUGGUGCUUGAUAAUGCUAAUCUAUGCAGUGCUUCCGUUUUGGACAGACUGAACUCGCUGCUUGAACCAAAUGGGUUCCUCAGUAUCAAUGAACAUUGUGGCCCAGAUGGUGAGCCCAAGAUUGUUAAACCCCACGUCGAUUUCCGAAUUUUCCUAACUAUGGAUCCUCGAUUCGGGGAGUUGUCUCGCGCCAUGAGAAAUCGUGCCGUGGAGAUUUUCUUUGAGCCACUCGCCCCAGAGAUUAAAUCUUGUAGACUCACAGAGUUUUCUAUUCGACCAGAAGCAUCACUUGAGAGAUAUCGUCAGCUAUCAAAGGUUCUAAGCCUCGGAGAUUCCAAUUCCAGCCAGGCAGAUCUUAUUAGUCGUAUUGCUCUGGAUAACCUGGCUUGGUCCGACUUGCCUCUUCUUACAAGAUUUGCGGAAAGCGUGGUCGGGAGUCUUCAGCAGCAGGGGCUAUCUACUGCAAAACUAACAACGAUUUCUCAACAAUACAUGCAACUGUACCAAUCCGAAGAUUGCCGUGAGCUGAGAAAUGCAGUGGGGGAUUUAUUAAAUAAAGUUGCGAAGAAGACCUUGUUGCCCGCAGGCUUCGGUGACGCACAGGUUAGUGACCGUGCAGUCCCUUUCAUAGUUACACAAUGUACUGAUAGCACAAUUAAAACAUGUAGAUCAUCCAUCCUUUCCAAAAUUCGCCAAUGGUGCCAUUACUGCAAUCUACAUCCAAUCAAUCGCAGGUUUAUUGGGUUGCAGCCUGUUUAGAAUAUAAGCUCCAGAUCGCUGCUGCGUUAGAGGCACAUCAAGAACAAGAAUCCGUCAUCCCAACCCUCAAACCUUCCCAAAUGAACCGCCUUCAACGAUCCAUGGUCAGUGACAGAGUAGCUUCAGUAGUAAAGGACUCCACCGUGCGAGUCUCUGACUUUUUAAUGCAUACACUUAAAUCCAUCAACUCCUAUGUAAAUGCUCACAUCAUGGAAACUGAUCAUUGGAAGGUAAGUGCUCAAAAUGACAACUUCAUAUGCUCCCUCUGACCACAAACUAGUUCCGAAAACAAACAAUCACGUCUCUUAUUCGGUACUGGUGGAGUACCUUCAACCUUGUCACUGCAUCGACAUUUGAAGAAGCAACAUUCCAGUCUCAUUUGGCUAUUGGAAAUACAGUCUUAGAAGGACUAGUCAAAGAGAGCCCUCUGGCCGAUGAACAGAAUUCAAUUAUCAAGGGUUUCGUCUCAGACCUACAGGUGAACUUUGCUUCCGGAUUCAAGUUGACAACAGGACUAAGCAUGGAGCUUCUAUGGAAAAAACUUCGGCCUAUUGUUGCUACCAAGUUUGAAGUCAUGCAAAUCGUGGAGCAAAUGGAAAAGUUGGCCGUAAGAUUUGACGCCUUGCGAUGGAGAGCUUCAAUCUCAGUCGCCGAGCUUGGAGGCAUCCUGGCGUCCUUUGUCAAAGCACAUCAGCUUCUUCUUUCGUCGGAUGUGGACGGAGCUGCUCUUAUUCAAUCUCUGACAUCAGAGCUUGACAACCUCGAAAAAUGUGUUGAUGCGGAUGAGGAGAGCCCACGGCCAUUCUUGCAUGAUCAGUUCGAAGCUCUGAGGCAAUUUCAAGUCCUUGCAGCUCUGGCAUCCAAUAAACAACUCGGUGAUAUUGUAGACGUCGAGACUGUUGUUCUUGCGGAUCAUCCAAUAACCUCACAAAUGCGUCUAAGCACAUCGAGCCCAACUUCAUGGCUGCUACAAAACAUCGACUACCUAUGGUCAGGAGAACACGGCCUCCAACCUAUUUCAGGCAGUUUUUCGACAGAUUUCUUGCAUAAAAUGAACGUCAUUGAUGAAGUGGACCUCAAAUCUCUUAGGUUGCUUGAGUCCGAGCUGCCUGUCAUGGCGGAAAAGCUUGCGGAAUCAAGUGGGAUCCUGUCAAGCAGCCAAUUAGCGGCUAUUAAUCAAGUCCUUUCAAAUCUCAUGAUAGGCAUAAUUUCUGCGCAUGGUGAGAAAAGUUCAAAUGGACACCUGAAGAGGCAAGAGGUCUUCGCACUGCAAGCUAGUAGUAAAGCCUUCCACAAUAUUACCUUGGAAAACUUUUAUGAAGCCGUUUCCGCUCAUCAAGCAAAACAUUCUGGUGGUCAACUAUUAAUUGAUACAGAUAUGAAUUCUGAUAUUGAUAAUGCAAUGUUCGCCGUGGAAGCUGCAAAUAAUUCAACUCAUUCCAAGAUGCAGUAUUCGGCUCUCGCUUGGGUUCAUUUUGCUGUGGGCUGCAUCGCUCUUUACGUUCCUGAUCGAGCAUUUGAUCCGGAUAAGAGACAGCGACUUGAGCGACAAAGACACGAAGAAGUAAUUCAAGAAUUGGAGAAUAAGCUUGAUGCCCUUCAAAAAUUUGAGCGUCUCUUCUCUGGCCAAGAAUCGAACCUUCGCUGUCAGCUCAUAGAGGCAGAAAUAACAGAGGUUGGUGAGCCGCCAGAAGCAUCGCAGCAAGUUUACCGUCCGGAAAUAUCAGAACUAGACAAGCUUCAGGGUGAAUUCAAAAAUCUCCUAAAAGUUGUUCUCCCAUCACCCGCCAUUACCUCCAAAAUCUAUCAAUAUUUGAUGAAAGAUGACCAAGACAUCUUGAACGAAAUCAAGCUUAUUCAGAACAACAUCCUUCAAAUCAUACGACGUCUCUCUGAGCGUUUUAGAGCAUACAGCGAUCUUACUACUCCAGUCAUCAACAUUCUUCGUUGUCUCCAGAUAGGACUGUACAUGGCGGCACUCGUAUCAAAGGAUCCAUCAAACAACAGCAAAGCAGCUCUGGCUCUAAGCAAGGCAACUCCAUUCCUCGGAGGUACUCCUAAGUCGAUUGACGAAGACAUUGUAUCUGCCCAACCACUAGAAUAUUUGACAUUGAUGGCUACAACUACAUCAGUUGAAUCCAUUGACUCGUUGGAUCCAAAAACCCGAGAAUCGCUGUUUACGUCGAUCCACUCGUGUUAUAUUCAGUGGACCAAAAAGCUCGAUGCCGACCGGCUUGAGGGAGAAACAAAGUCAGGCUUGUACAGAUUUCGUGGAAGUGCUGAAGACGAAGAUGAGAUUGACCAGGACCAAUUCAAUGAACUAUUCCCUUCGUAUGAUGAAGAGUCACCGAGCGCGUCAAGUGCUACUCCAAAGCAACAAAAUGUCAGAGAUAUUGCUGUCAGUCUGGCUCUCGUACACGGAGACAUUUUCUUGGGUGGAGCAUUACCAUCUGUAAGCAUAAUUUCUUUGAUCAAGCACAUUUCUACACAUAUAGGCAAACUUCGUGGAAGUGAUGCUGGUUUUGGGGAUCAUAACGCAAGCAAGGCUUUUCUUCCAGGUUCACUUUUGUUGUUAAGUGAUAAGAUUGAUGCUUUGAGUUCUUCUGCUACGGUACCUGAAAAUUACAAUUUUUACACCGACGCAAAUCUGCCAGAAACUCGUAAACUGGUCAGUCUGAUCCAUCAAGUACAAACGAGAUUCAGAGAGCUUCAAGCUGUGGAUGAGAUUGCGCACAUGCAACCGCUUGAAGAUGUCAUGGUUUCGUGUAAAGAAUUACUCCAGUUCCGUCACACAGAACCACUUGCGAAAAUCAUCACCAAGGUUGAGAAAGUCCAUGGCUUCAUGCAUGAGUGGCAGUUUGGUGGUUGGGCAAGCCGUGCCAAUUCAGCACUUCCUCUAUACGAUAAUUUGACUGCCACUAUAGUCAGCUGGCGCCGCCUUGAACUGUCGACAUGGGCGAAGUUAUUCGACAUGGAAAACAAGCACUGCGAUGACGAUGCAAGAUCCUGGUGGUUUGUCGCAUACCAAGUUAUCGUUGCUGGACCACUAUCAAUAUGCGAGUCCGUUCAAGAACUCAAAGCCUAUGCUCAAAAGCUUCUGGAAGAUCUCCAGGCAUAUUUCUCAACAGCUAUCAUGGGUCAGUACGUACAGCGUCUUAAAUUGUUAAAGCAAUUAGAAAAACAUGUUGAUCUACUGUUGUUGGACUACCCAAAUCUCGCCAUAAUUGGGAGUGCACUGGCUAAUUUCAUUGCUCUCUAUUCACGAUACGAAAAGUCGGUCGAGGAUAGUUUGAAGAGGGGUCGAGUGUCGUUAGAGAAGGCCAUGCGCGAUGUACUACUUCUUGCAAGCUGGAAAGACACAAAUAUCGUUGCUUUACGAGACAGCGCCAAAAGAUCUCAUCAUAAGCUUUUCAAAAUUGUUCGGAAAUAUCGAGCACUUCUUGGACAACCAAUGGAUUCCCUUAUCAAGCAAGGACUUCCUGAUGAGGUGGUCGGUAAUGAGACUGGAAUAAGCUAUCUUGCGCUAGCACAGUUUCCUGCUGUCGAUCAAUCUGCCCUGGCAUUGUGUGCUUCCACAAUUCCAAGUUGGGCACAAAAGCCUAAGAGGUUCAUUAACGUUUCUAAGACUGUAAGCAUGAUGGUAGAUAAGAGUCAAUUACCUUCAUCUACAGUUGAGGGAUCUAGCUAUCUCGAAUCAUUCCUUGAAAACAUCAUCACAUCAACUUCAGAGUUGCAGAAAGCCACCCCGUCAAUCCUGACAGAAGACAACAAAGAUACUGUGAAACAUCUCAAAUCUCAAAAGCGCAAGCUAUUCGCAGAUACAUUGAAAGAUCUUCGUCAAAUGGGAAUCAAAUACAAUUUGGGUGCCAACGCGCUUGCUAAGCAAGAGUCACUCUCUAUUGUUUUGGCAAAUACAGAUUUUGUUCCCUCCAAUGACCCUCAAAAUUCGGAGUACUACUUUCACAAGACGGUCGAGCUUGCCCCAAGAGCAAGAGAGGCAUCAAGGCAGCAUUCUGAAGAUCUUAGUGGCGCUGAGGUGGCUAGAUGUACAGGAUUCUUGGAAGGCUUGUUGCAAGUUCUUUUGAGCCAGCGCAACAUUCUUUCGAGCACUAUGGCAAGCUUAAGUCUCUUCAGAGAUGUUGUCAAAAUGGCGAAGGGGCUUUGGGCUCCAGGGAUAUAUGACGUCAGGAUUCCUACUACAACCUCUAACCACAAGCAUGUCCUUCAGUGGUUGCCUAACAUUUUGUCGGUUGGACUGGAGCUCAUCAACACGCAUGCAAAACUUGGUAAAAUUGAUGCGAAACCUGUGGUGGAAAGUUUGUCCUCGUGGAAAGAUAUACUGGUCGAUCUUCGGGAAAGGUGGUUUUCAUCAUCUAUUUUACCUUCUGGAAUUAUGUCAACGCAACGCCGAGAAAUUGAGAUGGCCAUCACUGAUGCCACUGAGCAAUUAUCAAUCGAUUUGAGCAAACUGAUCGAGCAGCGUCCAGACUUAAUGUUUAUCAUCGAUCAGAUCUUACCUUGGACUGUUAUCGGUGAAUCGGCGGCGACAGCUAUUUCUACGCAAGCUCCGCUGGAAGACCUCGACCAAAAACUGUCAACUGUGUGCAAUACAAUCCUAGCCGCAAUGGAGAAAUACCACAAAUCUAUUGGCGACCUUCCAACUUCAACUGAAGAUCAAGGCUGGCUGAUCAGAAGCGAUUCUAUUCUUGCAAACAGCAUCAAGGCUCUUCACUCCGAGAAUGUUGCCGACCAAAUUAAACAAUCGUUCGCUAUCCUUAGAUCUCUCAACCUUUCGGAUGACAAAAUUAGUCGAGGUGCUGGUGCUAUAUUUGCAGUUGCUUUCCCAAUCAUCCAACAAUACUACAACACAUUAAAGGAAAGUAUUACUAGGUACGCUAUACUACACCGUUCGACAUGUAAGACCUCAUACAUUCUCGCAAAGACUUUUACACAGAUUGCAUCGCAAGGUUUCUGUACACCAUCAGAGAAACAGGACGCGCAGGAUGGUAAAACUGAAAAGUUAGAGGGGGGAACUGGACUUGGUGACGGAGAAGGUGCUGAGGAUAUAAGCAAGGACAUUGGAGAAGAUGAAGAUCUCGAUGAAUUGGCUCAAGAACCCAAUAAAGAAGAGAGGGGAGAAAUUGAAGAUGAAAAGGACGCUGUUGACAUGGCGGACGGCGAGAUGGAGGGUGAAAUGGGCGCGGCUGAAGAGAAAGAGGAUGAUGAAGGCUCUGGCGAUGAAGAAAAGGAUGACGAUGAGAUGGAUGAAGAGGCUGGAGAUGUGGACGACUUAGAUCCUAAUGCAGUGGAUGAGAAGAUGUGGGAUGGUGAUAAUGAGCAAGCUGAGAAAGAUCAAGAAGGUGAUGAUUCAAAAGGAAAGGCCUCCAAAGACGAACAAGUCGCAGCUCAAGAGAACAACAAAGAAGCUGGGGAAGGUGAUGAGGGUAAUGAGGCUGAAGAAGAAGAAGAAGAAGAAGAGAUGGCUGGAGCUGAACAAAGUGAAGAGGUCCAACAACAAGAUGAUGUAGAAAAGCAUGAUCCGCAUGCCGAUGAAGGAGAUGCUUUGGAUUUACCUGAUGAUAUGCAAUUGGAUGGGGAGGAGAAAGAUGGAAGCGACGGAAGUGAUGAUGGAAUGGAGGAUGAAAUGGAUGAUCUUCCAGAUAUGGAAAAUGAGGCUCAAGAGACUGAUGAAGUUGCAAACGAUGGUAAGGAAGAGGCCGAUGCCGAAAACGCAGAUGGACAAGAAGAUCAAGAUAUGGGCGACGAAAUGGAUGUCAUUGAUCUGGAUGAAGAUAAAGGUGAAGAGGGUGAAAAGACUGAGGAGGCUGGCGAGAAAGCUGAGGAAGAACCUGAAGAACAACAGCCUGAAGACCAAGAUGGUCUAUUGCGCAGUCGUGAGGACGAAGCUACAGUAGAUACUGAGAACGUGGUCCCGAGUGAUGUACAAGGCGUUGGCGAUGGCCAAGAUGAGAACGAAGCCGACGAGAAUGCCGAUUCUAGUAGCAAGGCUCAAAGAGAUGAUGGUGGUCAGGGAGGUGACUCGUCUGAGAAUAAGCAAUCGGCGGCUGAGGAUGGUGAAAAGGGCCGGCAAGCUGCAGGGGAUGCACCACAAGAUGCUCAGGACGACACUCAAGACAGUUCUAAUGCUCAGCCAUUUAAGAAGCUCGGAGAUGCCCUCGAAAAGUGGCACCGUCAACAGUCCCAAAUCAGCGAGCCGACCGAACAAAAAGAUCAAACACAAGAUCAAAACGUCGAUAUGGGUACUGAGAGCAAUGAAUUCCAACAUCUACAAGACGAAGAUGCUGAAGCCGACACUCAAGCCCUAGGCACUGCUACAGAAGAACAAGCUCACGCUCUUGAUGAGUCUAUGGCAAUUGAUCCGGAAAUUGGAGAUAUGCCAGAAACAUUCCAGCCGGAUGAAGUUGAGAAAGACGAGGACAAUGUCAUGGAUCUCGAGGAUGAUGCACCAGAACCAGAAGAAUUAUCCAACGCGUAUGAAGGUCGGGCCGGAGCUUCCAUCCACCAAGCCAAGAACAAUAUGGAUGAAGACUUGAACGACAAUACUCGCGCUCAAGCCAAUGAGAAUAUGGAUUCCGAUGUGGAAGAAGUUGACACACAGCUCGAUAAUACUCAUCUUGAUCCGACCACCACUAUUUCUGUACGAUCCGCAGCCGAUGCCCGUGCUCAAUGGACUCAUUACGAGUCCAUCACACGUUCACUUUCCCUUUCUCUGACCGAACAACUUCGAUUAAUUCUUGCACCUACCCUGGCAACCAAAAUGCGAGGUGAUUUCCGUACUGGAAAGCGUCUUAACAUCAAACGAAUCAUCCCUUACAUUGCCUCCUCGUUCAAGCGUGAUAAAAUCUGGAUGCGUCGCAGCAUUCCCUCCAAGCGCUCAUACCAAAUUAUGCUAGCAGUCGAUGACUCCAAGUCCAUGGGAGACUCAGGUUCUGGAAGUCUCGCUCUGGAGACUUUGGUCAUGAUUUCGAGAUCUUUAGCUAUGCUUGAGGUUGGUGAGAUAUGCGUCGUCGGAUUCGGAGAGACCGUCAAAGUAGCACAUGAAUUUGAUGUACCCUUCAGUUCCGAGGCCGGCCCUGCUAUCUUUGAGAAUUUCGGAUUCGAGCAACCGCGAACGGAUAUCACGAGACUCAUUCGUGAGAGUAUCAAUUUGUUCCGUACCGCGAGACAAAAGGCAUCAUCAUCUCCUGCAGAUCUCUGGCAAAUUUCUCUCAUUAUCUCGGACGGUGUAUGUAGUUCUUCUGAACAUGACAAAAUUCGACGAUUAUUGAGAGAAGCGGAGGAAGAGAGAAUAUUGAUGGUAUUUGUGAUUGUGGAUGAUGUUAGAACCAAGAAGAAGGGAGAAAGUGUGUUGGAUCUUAAGGAGGCAAGGUUUGUGAAGAAUGAAAUGACAGGAACGAGCGAUGUGAGGAUCGAGAGGUAUCUGGAUACAUUCCCAUUCAGAUAUUAUAUUGUGGUUGGGGAUGUGGGAGAAUUGCCGGGUGUCUUGGCAGGUGUGUUGAGACAGUGGUUCGGUGAGGUUGUUGGUAGUGGUUGAGAGUUCAUUUGAGGGGGGGAUAUACAUUAGAGUUUACAUCUGUAUUUGUGUUUUUUUGCGAGUUGGUAGGAUUAUAUAUGCAAUAGAACAGGAGUCGGGUCUGGCGUACUUAUUUGUAGAUUAUUUGGAUUUUAGCUGUAGAUUGCAAUGGAAAAGUUUAUUUGAUAUCACAACUGCGCU